AGUCAAAUUCCUGAAGGAUCCAAAAGCGAAAGUGUUUUGAAACAAAUCUUACCUGAACAACAAACAGAUGACAUAAAAACAUAUUUUUUUUUAAAGAAAAGGUUUUCUGUUUUUUAUUUCUAUUCUACCUUAGAAAGGUUUUGACAAGCAGCAAAUAGGUCAAAUGGAUUCACCUCUGUCUUUGCAGAUAAAAUGUUCAGUGUGUUUGAGCGAUUUUACAGAUCCAGUGACUCUGGCUUGUGAGCACUCCUUUUGCCGAAAAUGCAUUACAGGCCACAUGCAAGCCAGCUUGGGACCUAGUGCUUGUCCAGAAUGCAGAAAGCCUUACAGCAAAGACGACCUGAAACCCAGCCGUCUACUGAGGAACAUCACCUCGACAGCGAGAGAGCACCUUUUUGCUAGGCGUAAAGCAGAUAAUACAGAAAACCCUGAAUCUAAAGAUGGCACAGAACCCUUAAAGCUUCCUGAAGCAGAGCUGGUAUGUUCUGAGCACGAUGAGAAACUCAAACUGUUCUGUGACACGGAUCAGAAGCUGGUGUGUGUCAUCUGCAGAGAUGGAGACAAACAUAAAGGACACAUGUUUAAACCUUGUAAAGAGGCUGCUGAGAUCAAAAAGGGGGAGGUAAAGACUGCUUUGGGUUUUCUUGCUAAAGAAAACAGAGAGAUGGAUUACAUGAUCCAGCAACAGACAACGGAGAUCACCAAAACUGAGGAAAAAUCCAAAACCCUAUUAGCUCGAAUCUCUGCUCAGUUUGAAGAAAUGCACCAGUUCCUGCGCCAAAAAGAGGAUGAGGUGAAGAAACAGUUGGAAGAAGAGGAGAACAAAAUGACUGAAGUCAUGCAGAAGAACGGGUCUGUGAUACACACAAGAUUUAUGGAGAGCAAAGAGAAGGAGGUUCUCCUGCAGUCUGCGCUGAAGAUUGAACAAACCGAUCAAUUUUUACAGUGGUGGAAUGAAAAAGGAUUUCCAAUGACUGAGGGCUUGAAGAAUAAAGGCAGUGUGGCACCAGCAGUUAUCAAAUAUACAUCUAAGCUGAAAGAUCUUACUGUGGUCCCAGACUCUUUCUUCUUUGGCCCGUGUGAAACUCACCUGCAGUUUUUUGUGUGGAAAGAGAUGCUCGGAUCCAUCAAACCAGUUCCUGAGAGUUUAACUUUGAAAAAUCCUGGAGAUUCUUACUUAAAAGUUUCACCAGGGGGCGCCAGAAUCCGUCAAGCUGACAGAGUGUCUGCUUUGUAUAAAGACUUCAACCCUGGUACUGUUUCAGUGGAAAACUUCGAAUCCGGUCAGCACUACUGGGAGAUAGAUGUUGGGGAGAAACCAGACUGGACAGUGGGAAUUAUGAUGGGUGAAGUCAAUCGGAAAACAAAGUCAGCUGAGAGUGAGAUCCAACUCCACCUUAAACAUAACGAAGGAUAUGUCCUGUCUUGUGAUGGACGGGAUACUCCAUUAAGUACUCGGGACAAACCAAGAAAAAUAGGCUUGUAUCUUGACUGUGAGAGAAAGCAGAUUUCUUUCUACAACGCUGACAACAUGUCUAGAUUGGCCCAGAGAAACUACAGCUCAAAGCAGCCCUGCUGUGUUCGUCUGGUGCCAGGACUGUACCUAAAGGGAGCGAACAGUGACUCUCUCACUGUAUGCACAUAUGGUGCUAACACUACCAAGCUCUAAAGUGCUGGUCCAGUGAUAUAUCUGGAUUGUACAAAACAGAAUGUGUAUGUUAAUAAUGUGCGUGAACAUGUUAUGUUAUUGAUGUACAUCCUACACCAUUCAUGAAAUCACCAAAAUGACUUUAGAGAGUCAUAUCACUUUUUUAGCAAGAGAUGACUACAGUAGAUUCAUAUUUGCAUGCUGCUAUUUGAGGGUCAUGGGUGUUUCUUGUGUUUGUAAUCUACUGCUGACCUAUUGUUCAAUAUUAAUUGCAAUUACACAUUUAAUCCUUAUGCACACUCUUAAAAAUAAAGGCGCUUAGAAGGUUCUUCACAGCGAUGCCAUCAAAGAACCAUUUUUGGUUUCAUAAAGAACCAUUCAGUCAAAGCCAUUCAGUUCUUUAAAGAACCACCUCUUUCCUACCUUUUUAUAAUCUUGGGAUGUUAAGGGCUCUUUAUGUAACCAUUUAGACAAAAAGGUUCUUCUAUGGCAUCGUGAAGCACCUUUAUUUUUAAGAGUGCAUUGUACAUAUAGACAUAUAUCUGAGAUGAUGUAUCGCUUCGUUGUUUUCUCACUCUUGUGAGGUGCUUUGGAUAAAAGGAUCCAUUCACGAUUGCAUUUCGAGUGGAAUGCAGACACCUUUAAGGCCUACGUUUUAACAUAGUGGUGUGCUCUCUGCAUGGUACAACAACUACUGCUUUUUUCACACUGCGGUUUUAUCUGGAUUCAAACAUUGUUGAAAACAUUUGGGAUAAUGUAAGUAUACACGUAAACAAAAGAUAUAUUACACAGUCCUAAUAGUUUUGGGGUAUUUAAAUGCAAAAUUAUUACAUAUUGUGCCUUUAAGCAUACUGAAGGGACCGGUGCCGUGGCUUCACCUUACUUCAAAUAUAAAUAUUUUUAUGUGGUUUUGACAAAUAUGAAUCAAUUAUCAUUCAGCAUUAUAUUAUUUUAAAUUGAUGAUAUAAGCAUGAUUAACACCAACCUUUUCUGAUACAGAAAGUAGAGAAUAAUUCAUGGUUUAAGUUUCUAAUGAAUGCUUAGGCUCUCUCUUCCUGCUAGAUCAGUGUUACUGUGAAAAGGGACUUCUUAUCAUCAUCUACGAAAAACAUCUUCUGUUAACACACACUCUACCCUUGAGGAAUUUGUGUAUGUGUGAUUGUAUUGUUUCAGGAAAGUGAGAAAGAGUGGAAAAUCACGAGACAGACACGUCAUGUUUUAAUUCAUAUUAUAGUACAUGCCUGUCAUCUUUGAUAAUCUAUAGGACUAUGUGUCCUGUCUUAUGACUCCAGAAAUUGUUUGAGAGCUUUGUGUCUUGUUUAUCUAUUGAUAACCAAUCAUGUGAGCUUGAUUUACUCAAGUAAUGACGUAGUUAGUUGACUGUUAGCUUAAAUACUGCAUUUUGGAUGUAAGGCAGGUCGGCCUGUGGAACUCCUUGAGAGUGCUGAAGCUGACUUCUGCUGGCAAAACUACAAACAAUUUUUCCUCAGUAAAUUUUAUUCUAUUAAUUAUA